UUUUGACAGCUAGAUUGCAAAGUGCGAGACGAUUAAUCACAAGACCCGAAAUCGUGCGCUCUACGAAUUUCUAGAAAUUCGUCGAUGGACCACGAGAAACAGAAGGAUGAGAUCACCGCGUUGGAAAGCAUUUACAAUGAGGAGGAAUUCUCGUAUCACGAGGAGAACGGCCAGUAUGAAUGCAGCUUCAAAAUAUUCGUGAAUCUGCCGGCCAAAUGUCACUUGUCGUAUAAAGAUCUGAGACACGAAACGGAUUUGGCACAGGAAGUACAGAUUUCAUAUCUACCACCUUUGACAUUACACGUUACGUUACCAGAGGAUUACCCAUCCGUGUCUGCUCCUACGUUCAUGUUAUGUUCCUCUUGGUUGUAUCCGAUAGUACUGUCUAAGUUAUGCAGAAAACUCGAUUCGUUAUGGGAGAGCAGCAAGCAAGAGAUUCUCUUUACAUGGGUAGAGUUCCUCCAGGAUGAAACGCUCAACUUCUUAAAAAUUAAGGACCGUCUGGAUAUGGAUCACAUGUAUACGUCUUACAAGAGAGCACUGGAAAAAUUGCAGGUCUCUCAAGCAAACAAGGAAACAGGCGAGUCUAAUAAACAAUGCAACAGCGAGGCCAGAGAGAGCGGCAUGUCAAAGAAAACCAAUGUUCUUGACAAAAGAGCCAUUCUAGAUUGUCCAAUCGGUAGGAAUCCUAUCCAGAUGUUAAUCGAUUAUAAUGAGAAACGGAAACAGGUCGAAUUCAAAAAGAAUUUUUAUACGUGCAACAUCUGCUUCACUGAUAAAUCAGGAGAGCACUGUACGCAGUUUCUGCCUUGCGCUCAUAUCUUCUGUAAAGAUUGCAUCAGAGGCUAUUUCGAAGUGAGGAUCAAGGAGGGAAAUGUACAAAAUAUUUGUUGUCCUGAAGAGAAAUGCAAGUUUGAAGCUACGCCUAGCCAGGUAAAAGAAUUGGUAAGUUCGGAGUUAUUCUCAAAAUAUGAUUCCUUACUGUUAAGUACCACGUUAGACACCAUGAUGGAUAUAGUUUAUUGUCCGAGACGACAUUGUCAGUAUCCGGUAACUCGCGAUCCUGAUGAUAAUAUGGCAAGAUGUCCAGUUUGUCAAUACGCAUUCUGCGUUCGUUGCAAGAUGGUUUAUCAUGGUGUAGAACCCUGUAAAAUUAGUUCAGCUGAAAAACAACGAUUAUUGAAAGAAUACGAAUCAGCCAGUAACGAAAAGAAAGCCGAAAUGGAGAAAUAUUAUGGGAAGAGACAACUUCAAACGAUGAUGGAGAAUACCAUGUCUGAAAAUUGGAUCAAUGAUAACAGUCAUAAUUGUCCUCACUGCAAAACUGCAAUCGAGAAAUCGGAUGGCUGCAACAAGAUGACGUGUUCACAUUGUGGCACAUAUUUCUGUUGGUUAUGUGGCACGCGGCUGAAUCCCGAGGCGCCUUACUUACACUUCCGAAAUCCUGAAUCUAAAUGCUUCAACAUGUUAUAUCGCGGUGUAAUACCCGAUGAACUAGAUGAUGACGAUGAUUUCGAUUUUCACGCCGAAUACCUGGACUACUAUUCCGAAGAUGAAGAGUAUAUUCAAGAUGAAGAUUUCGUAUUGGAAUUAGACGAUUGAAUCAAUGUUGAAAAAAUCAAUUACGGAUUUAAUUUUCGAAUUUAUAAUAUAUAUAUAUAUAUAUAU